AUGGCAUUAACAAAUAUUUCUGGAAUUCCUGAUAAACAUUGGCAACCGCCAUUUGUUUUAAUAGAAACUACCAUGGGUGAAAUUGGUAUUGAAUUAUACUGGAAACAUGCACCAAAUACAUGUAGAAAUUUCGCUGAACUUGUAAGGAGAGGAUAUUAUAAUGGAACUAAGUUUCAUCGAGUUAUUCGAGAUUUCAUGAUUCAAGGAGGUGAUCCUACGGGAACUGGAAAAGGUGGUGUAUCUAUCUAUGGCGAGUGUUUUGAUGACGAGAUUCAUGAUGAUUUAAAACACACAGGUGCUGGAAUACUUUCAAUGGCUAAUUCUGGACCUGAUACUAAUGGAUCACAGUUUUUCAUAACAUUAGCACCAACUCAAUGGUUAGAUGGCAAACAUGCAAUAUUUGGAAGAAUACAUUCUGGGAUGGCGAUAGUCAAGCGAAUAGGUUUAGUCGAGACUGAUAAAAAUGAUCGACCGAUCGACGAUGUCAAAAUUGUUAAAGGCUCUGUAAAAAAUGUGUAA